AACGGGGGCAGUGGUCAUUCAGUAGUAGAAUUUUUGCCUUCUAUAGAUCCAGGACAAUGCACCUCAUGUGCAGCCACCGCCCUUCUGUCAGUAGAGACUUGCACGUUGAUAUGAUGCUUUAAAGGUUUCAGCAGAGCUUCUAGACUAAGAUAGGCUAGGAAGAAAGGCCUGGCCAUCUACUUCUGAAAAUCAGCCAGUGAAAACCCUAUGGAUUACAACCAUCUGACCCACAACCAAUCAUGGGGAUGGUGCAGGACCGGGCAGAGUUGUGUUCCUUUGUGCACGGGGUCACCAUGAGUCGUGGGCUGAUUUCAACAGCAGCUAACAACAGCAGUAACAUGCAAAAGGCUUUAUAUAGCUCAUGUAUCCCCAUAGUAACCCUGCGAGGUAAGUACUAUUAUUAUUCUUACAUGGAGAUCACCAAGGAACCAAGGAAGAGAAGAGAGCCUUCCCCUAAAGUAUGCAGCCUCAAUUUGGACUUUUAGCCCCCCAAACUCUGAGAAAAUAAAUUUCUGUUCUUUAAAGUCACCUACUUGUGUCAUUUCUAUUACAGCUAUACUAAGAAACUAAGACAAAAUUUAGUACUGAGAGUUGGGGUUGCUGCUGUAACAAAUACCUAAAUUAUGGAAGUAGUUUCGGAAUUGAAUAAUAGGUAGAGGCUGAAGGAAUUGUGAUUUGCUUCAUAAUAAGAAGCCCCUAUUUUACCUUGAAGAGACUGUUAGUAGAAUUAUGGACAUUAAAGGUGAUUUUGAUAAGGGCUCAGAAAGAAUUGAGAGCUAUGAUGAGAACUUCUGUCCUCUAGAAUGUUGCUAGAAAUGUGGACGUUAGAUGUAUUUUUGGUGAGGCUUUAAAAAUAAAUGACGAACAUGUGAUGACAUGGGAGGAAGGGUGAUCCUUUCUGGACUUGUAUGAAUUAUAUUUGAAUGUUUGGUGAAAGGUAGAACUUGCAAGUGAUGAACUUAGAUAUUUGGUAGAGGAUAUUUCUAAACAAGAUCUUAAAGGAGCAGCAUAGUUUCCCUUUGCUACUUAUAGCAAAAUGGGAGAGGAAAAGAGAUAGACUCAAAAAUGAACUGUGCAAAAUGAAACCAAAACUUAAAGAUGUAGAAAAUUCUGUUGUUAACGAGGUCAUGCCUGUGUAGGAUGUGUUUUAAGCCAAUCACUUUCGAGCUAUAAAAGGGCCAAAUUAGACAUAGAAGCAAGAAAGUACAAACUGGGAAACAUAGAUGCCAGGUAGAGAUCACCAAAGAACCAAGGAAGAGAAGCUGAAAGAGCUUCCAACGUAUAGCAAAACCUGUAAAAGCAAAAACAUGUUUAAGUGAGAAUCCUGUCUGACACAGAAAACUCAAGAAUUUUCCACUAAAUGG